UAUUUUUUGUGUGUAAAACUGAUUGUCACACGGUGUUAUGAAUUAUGAAAUUUGUUUUAAUGGCUUCGUUUACCAAGGAUCAACAAAGGCCCUGAGUAUUAUAAUUAUAUGCUGAGCAGGAUAAAUGGCAUUCUAUUACCUGGUGGCGCAGUUUUUGUCAACGAACAUGAUCCUGCUCGCUUAGAAUUGACUAACAAUUGUGUUCGGGCCGUGGAUAUGAUAAUACGCAUAGCAAAAGAAAAGUACAAGGAGGGUAUUCAUCUGCCUGUGUGGGGUACUUGUUUGGGUUUUCAACUUUUGAUACUCUAUACCACCAGUCUGGCAACAACAACAUAUGGCACGGAUCCACGUGAAAAAUGCAAAUACAUGGAAUGCCUUCUACCCGUGGACUUUCUGCCAGACUUUCGGGAUUCAAAACUUUUUGCUCAUUUGCCACACGAAUUGGAGACUAUUAUGCGGAAUGAACCAUUUGGUCAUCAUCGACAUAAAUAUUGCUGGACCAUUGAG